GCUAGGUUUAGCCAAGCCAGCUAAUUUUUACACCAGCACAUUUCGCGGGACUGUAAGCAUACGCAUUGGGAGACACAAUGUUUCAACUUACAAUGCAAGUCGCACGAUUAGUUAUCUUCGUCCUUUUCAAUUGUUUGGCACUGGUGUGCACAACUAUUCCACCUGUACAUCGUUUUGGGAUUGUUAAGGAACCUGUGACUUUAACCGCUAAAUACGAACGUAACUGUGUGGUGAAGUAUAAGAGGACUUUGACGGGACUCCAAGGCGUCAACAUCGAAAAGUCCGUUGUUGAAAAAGGCAAACCGACACAAAGUUUCAAGGAUAAGAUCAAAAUAAUCGACACUAAAAUUAUUUUUAGCGAGGCGGAAUACAAUAACCGCGGUGUGUAUGAACUGUUUUGCGACGCUAACAAUAACCCCGUGGAAGAGAUCAGAUUGGAAAUUCUCAACCCAGGCAUAGCAUAUGCUGAAGAGGAAGGGGACGUGAGUUAUCCAUUCUACGCUGACACAAAUGGACUGACUGACAUACAAGUGCAUCUUAGAAAGCUAGUCAAUGGCUCUCUUGAAAACCUUGGCCAACUUCGGACGACAGCAGGUAACGCUGGCACUUACCUCAAAGGGUUUCAAGGAAAUGCAUCCCUGACAGAUGACGGACACGAUGGACACUUUUUAGUCAACUUCACCAACAUAAACCACUCAAACCAGGGGACAUAUGUCAUCAUCAUCACUGAAAAGAAUUUGACAGUGGUAAAUUCUGAGAUUUCAUUUCAGGUUAAGGGAAAAACAUCUGAAUGUCCAACACAUCUGGCCAGUACAGUGUUGAUUAUAAUCUUAAUCCUGAUCGUCAUCGGUUGUGUAAUUGUAAUUGUUUGCCUCUGUGCACGAAAUGGAUGUAUUUCCGAGGAUCAAAUAUUAGCUGUCCAAGAUGCACCACUCUCUAGCCCUAUUCCAGUGCAGAGCAAUCCAGAGGUUCGUUAUGAACAAGUUCUCGACCAGCAUGACGCUCCAAUCAAGAAUGGAUCACAGGGAGGGGAAAACUCCAGUUCUGUGAAACCUAUUGAUCGGCAAUCCAUACCGAUGCCACACAUCCAAGGAUCCACUUUCUCAGCCUCUGAGUAGCCAGACCAGGGGCGUAUCUAAGGAGGCAAGCAAAUACUUGGAAGUUGCUUUGGAUAAAAGCGUCUGCUAAAUGAAUACAUGUAAAUGUCUCAAAUCAAGCUGUCUCUCAAAUUGAGCUCUUGAGUAAGGUGGCCUCUCUUGAAGUGACUGUUUUGUACAGUUUUUUUUCCAUGACUGUCAUUUCAAAUUUCUUCAAAAUGUUAUUUAUAGUAGUAGUUUCAAAUGUUUCUAUAUUAAUAAACAUUUA